GAGGUUAUGAGCCGUCCGAAGCCGCGUCGGUGCGUCGCUGUCCAGGGUCCUGAGUGAGAGAGACAGAGCCGGGCGACCACGGAGCCUGACAUAACCCGUGAGUUGAAAAGCUCAGGAGCCAUGGAGUUAAGGGUGGGGAACAAGUACCGCCUUGGGAGGAAGAUAGGGAGUGGAUCCUUCGGAGACAUUUACCUCGGCUCUAACAUUGCUACAGGAGAGGAAGUAGCCAUCAAACUGGAAUGUGUGAAGACCAAACACCCACAGCUCCAUAUUGAGAGCAAGUUCUACAAGAUGAUGCAGGGUGGAGUGGGAAUCCCGUCUAUUAAGUGGUGCGGAGCAGAAGGCGACUACAACGUUAUGGUAAUGGAGCUGCUGGGCCCCAGUCUGGAGGACCUGUUCAACUUCUGCUCCCGCAAGUUCAGUCUGAAAACAGUGCUGCUGCUGGCCGACCAGAUGAUCAGUAGGAUUGAAUACAUCCACUCCAAGAACUUCAUCCACAGAGACGUAAAGCCCGAUAACUUUCUGAUGGGGCUCGGCAAGAAGGGCAACCUGGUCUACAUCAUCGACUUCGGCCUGGCCAAGAAAUACCGUGACGCCCGAACGCACCAACACAUCCCCUACCGUGAGAAUAAGAACCUCACCGGCACCGCUCGCUAUGCCUCCAUCAACACCCAUCUGGGCAUCGAGCAGUCGAGGCGAGAUGAUCUGGAGUCUCUGGGCUACGUUCUCAUGUACUUCAACCUCGGCUCUCUGCCCUGGCAGGGGCUCAAGGCCGCUACCAAGAGGCAGAAGUAUGAACGUAUCAGUGAGAAAAAAAUGUCCACUCCCAUUGAGGUGCUCUGCAAGGGAUACCCCUCUGAGUUCUCCACUUACCUGAACUUGUGUCGCUCCCUGAGGUUCGAUGACAAGCCAGACUACUCUUACCUGAGGCAGCUCUUCAGGAACCUUUUCCACAGACAGGGCUUCUCCUACGACUACGUCUUUGACUGGAACAUGCUGAAGUUUGGGGCCAGCAGGACAGCAGAGGAUGGAGAGAGGGAGAGGAGGGAGGGAAAAGAGGGGGAGGAGCGAGCAGGAGGAGGCCAAAGAGGAGCUGGAGGUCGAGCUCUUCCGCCUGGUCCAAACCCUUCAGCAGCCAACAGAGUCAGGAACGAGGCAGACGCUGCACCUUCCAAUCCGGUCACACGUGGAGUCCAGCAGUCAGGUAACCGCUCUCCUCAGGUGGGGAGAGCCGAACGAGCCGAGCGAGAGAGGAAGGUGGCCAUGAGGCUUCAUCGCGGGGCCCCCGCCAACAUCUCCUCCUCUGACCUCACUGCACGCCUUGACCAGUCACGCAUCACUGCAUCGCAGGUCAGUGUGCCAUUUGAACAUCUGGCAAAGUGAGUUCAUCUUGGCUGGCCUGCAGGUCAGUGGCAGCAGCUGCAGGGUAUCAAAUACCCCUUACUUUUCGAAAUGGAUGAAUGAAAACAUGAAUGAGUGGAGGAGGAGGAGGAGGAGGA